AUGGAGCCGCGGGCGCUCGUCACGGCGCUCAGCCUCGGCCUCAGCCUCUGCUCCCUGGGGCUGCUGGUCACGGCCAUCUUCACCGACCACUGGUACGAGACAGACCCCCGGCGCCAUAAGGAGAGCUGCGAGCGCAGCCGCGCGGGUGCCGACCCCCCGGACCAGAAGAACCGCCUGAUGCCGCUGUCGCACCUGCCGCUGCGGGACUCGCCCCCACUGGGGCGCCGGCUGCUCCCGGGCGGCCCAGGGCGCGCCGACCCCGAGUCCUGGCGCUCGCUGCUGGGGCUCGGCGGGCUGGACGCCGAGUGCGGCCGGCCGCUCUUCGCCACCUACUCGGGCCUCUGGAGGAAGUGCUACUUCCUGGGCAUCGACCGGGACAUCGACACCCUCAUCCUGAAAGGUAUUGCACAGCGAUGUACAGCUAUCAAGUACCACUUUUCUCAGCCAAUCCGCUUACGAAACAUCCCUUUCAAUUUGACCAAGACAAUCCAGCAAGAUGAAUGGCACCUGCUUCAUUUAAGAAGGAUCACUGCUGGCUUCCUGGGCAUGGCUGUGGCUGUCCUGCUUUGUGGCUGCAUUGUGGCCACGGUCAGCUUCUUCUGGGAGGAAAGCCUGACCCAGCACGUGGCUGGACUUCUUUUCCUCAUGACAGGAAUAUUUUGCACCAUUUCCCUCUGCACUUAUGCUGCCAGCAUCUCCUAUGAUUUGAACCGGCUCCCGAAGCUAAUUUAUAGCCUGCCUGAUGAUGUGGAACACGGCUACAGCUGGUCUAUCUUUUGUGCCUGGUGCAGUUUAGGCUUUAUUGUGGCAGCUGGAGGUCUCUGCAUUGCUUACCCAUUUAUCAGCCGGACCAAGAUUGUACAUCUAAAGUCUGGCAGGGACUCCACGGUAUGA